AUGCCUUAAAAUAUAAUAAUAGAACGCAAAAGGAAAGAAUAUGCCAAAAACGAUGUAGAAGAUUUGAUUAAAUAAGAAAACAUAGACUAUGAUGAAUAUUAUAAUUGGAUGGAUUUAAAAUUAUUUUAUGAUAAAUAAAUGGAUGAUUAUAAUGCACGAGAACAGAUAUAUUUUGUAAAAUAAAAAAAAAUAGUUAUUAAAGGAAAAGCUUUUAUAAAAUAAGGAGUUUGGAAGAAAUUUACUUUAGAAGAUUAUUGUGAAUAGAAAGACUAAUUUUUUAUAAAAUUCGAGGAAAAUGGAUGUUAUGAAUAUUUUGAUAGAAUUUAUUUAUAUUUUGAAUGUGAAAAUCCCAAAAAAUUUAUUUAAAGGUUAUCUGGUGCUUUUUAGUAAAGAAUAAAGAGUGACUCACUAAUUAGAUAUAAUUAUAUUAUCGAUAAUAUGCCUCUUUAAGAUUUGUAGGAAUUAAAUCCUUAUUAAAUUAAAAAAAUAAAGGAUUUAGUUUAAAUUAAAUAACUUUAAAACAUGUAAAUAGCAUCUCUACUUGUAGAAAUUAAUAAAGAUUUUUGUAGAACUAUGAAUAAAAUGAUUUUUGAUUUACAUUUAAAAAAUAAUUUUGUCUAAUAAUAGGAUUUUUUUAUUGUUAAAAAUUUAAAUAAUUUAAAGUUUAUUUAUAAUUAGUCUUAAAAUAAAGCUUAAAUGUUUGGGCAUAUUUCAAUAAAUAGAGGAGAUACAAUAAUUAUUUAAAAUAAUUAAAAAGUUGAGAUUGAAGAAUAUAAAGGAUUUAGAAAAUUAUUUAAGGACUUUUGUAUUGAUUCAUUGCAUAUGAAAAUAGAAGUUGUAAAAUCAUUAUAAUAAAUAAAAGAUGAAUGCUUAAAACUAAGCUAAGUAAAUGUUUUUAAUACUAAAUUUUAAGGUCCUUUUGUAUUAUAAGAACUUAGAUAUAUUCAAGAAUCUGCAAAUAGCAAAUUAAUGCAUUAUAUAAACGAUGUUUGGGUAUCAAAUGUGGAAAAGAUUAUAAAUUAAAAUUUCGAAAAAGUAGGAAAAGGUUGGUAUAAUUUAAAAGAAUCAAACAGUUAAACAUAUAAUUUUAGUAAAUUAAAAAGAUUUUUAACAUUAGUUAAGUUAAUUAUGUAGGAUUCUAUAUAUUCCUUAAUUUAUGAAAAUUUUAAUAUUUUAGAAUAAUAUAUAAUUAAUUAUAUUCCAAAAUAAACAUAAGUUAUAAAUCUUUAAAAUGUUAUUAAUAUAUAUAGAACAGAAAAAUAAUAAAAGGCUUUAUUUAUUAUUGAUAUUGUCAAAAGUUAAACCGAAGAAGAAUAUUUAUAUGCGAUAAAUCCUGAUACAUAUAUAUAAAAUAUAUUGAAUUUUUUUGAAAAAACACUUUAAAAUAUAAAAACUAUACCAGAUAUUGAAUCCAUAAUAAUGACCUAACUAUAUACUAGUUUAAGUUCAAAAACUUAUUUGAAAACAAUAUAGAAACCUAAAGAAAAACCUUUUAAAUAUGGAUAAGAAUCAAAAUACAAAAACUUUAAUUAAGAAGGUACUUGGAUAUGGAAUUUAUUAGAUAAUUUAAAGGAAAAAUUAGAAGAGGGAAUACAGCCUUUAAAAUUAUAUUUGAGUAAAUUUGAAGAAUUCAAUGAAAUUAUGAAAUUAAAUACCGAAGAAUACAUAAAUAAAAUAAAAAAAUAAGGAAUAGAGUGUGAAAUAAUCAAAAUAUAAACAGAAAUAGAAAAAGUAAAAAAAUAAAAUAAAAAUAUAUUUAAAUUAAUCUAUACAAAAGAUAUAUUAAUAAGAAGAGAAAAUAAAAAAUCAAAUCCCAUAAUUAAUAAAAGUAUCCUAUUUUUAAAUCUGUUCAAAGGAAGCGUUAAAUUAUUUAGCAGAAAAAUACAAUACAUUGAGAAAUAAAUUAACGAGCCUAAUAGUUCUUCGCGCAAAAGAAAAUACAUUAAAAAUAUACAACUCGUACCAUGCGAUAUAAUAAAACCUAUAAACCCAUCCAAAAGAUAUUUUCCAAUUAUCCGAAAUGCGAGAAUAUAUUUAAAAAUUGCCUUCCCAAGUUGAUAUUCUGAGUCUAAAAUUUGAAGAAGUUUCCAAAAUAUAUGAUAUUUUAGAGAAAUAUAACUAUAUGUUAUCCAGUGAUGAUUUUGAUAAAAGAUGGCAUGUGUUCGGGUCUGCUUAAUAAAUGUAUUCUUUAAUAGAAAUAAGGAAGUAGGAUUUGGAAAAAUUAGGGUGCAAAUAUUAGAAUUAAACAAUGGAAGAAUAAGAAGAAUUUAAUGGAAAUUUAGAAAUAUUAGAAAAAAGUAUAUAAAGUCUAUAUAAUUAUAAUGAUUUGAAUAUAAAUGAAUAUCUAUAUCAUAAAGUGAAUAAUAUACAAAAUUAACUUAUUUAAUAUAAAGAUAUGGCCAAAAGAUUUAAUUUAAUGGAGAUUCUUUAUAAAUAAAAAAUUACUAAUUAUGAAUUUUUAGAUGAUAUGAAUUAAGAAUUUAUACAUUUUUAUUAUUUAUGGACAAUUGCUUUUUAAUGGCCAAAAGAUGAGGAAUUAUGGAAAAGCUAGUAUUGGG